AUGGAAUCAGUGAUUGAAGAGAGGAAAAAACGUUUACUUCAGCUACGACAACAAUACACGGAAGAGAAACAGGAAACAGACAGUUUAACUGUAAAUAAAGAAAAGAAGAACAUUGAGGGAAUACAGGAUAUUCCAGCCGAAGGCGUAUCAAGCGAAGAAAGACUCGAUAGGGACUUAGAAGAACUCAAAAAAAGAACUGAUCACUCAAUUAAACUAUUGCUAAGAGAAAGGAUAUUGAAAGAGGCUAUUGAAGAGCCUGCAGUUAAUAAUGAUGAAUCUUAA